CUCAUGCCUGAGUUAUUAUAGUCGGGUCAGAGAGUAGCAUUGUGUAUGAAUUAAGUUUAAGGAACGCAACACUUAAAACGAUCGCAAAGAGGAGUGCAAAUUUACUUUCGGUUACAUUUAAGUCUUUCAUUAGACAUAAUUUCAGCGAGAUGGCAAGAGGAGAAGGAGAAGGACAGUAUUCAAACGCGAGUCUCUUGCAUCAAAGCGCCGAAUGCGAAUCAGUUUCUAAGAUUUCUAAGUGCGAGCCAAAAGGUCACUUGUCAGUGUGCAGUAAACUGUGCUAUGCCAUAGGAGGAGCACCCUACCAAAUCACAGGGUGUGCCCUGGGCUUCUUCCUCCAGAUUUAUCUCCUGGAUGUUGCCCUGCUGGAUCCAUUCUAUGCUUCCAUUAUCCUGUUUGUGGGGCGAGCAUGGGAUGCCAUCACUGACCCCACUGUCGGCUUCCUGGUCAGUCGCAGCCCCUGGACCAGAUUUGGGAGAAUGAUGCCUUGGAUUGCACUGUCCACCCCUUUUGCAGUAGUGUGUUACUUUCUCAUCUGGUAUGUGCCCCCCAUUGAUCAGGGAAAAGUCAUCUGGUACCUUCUCUUCUACUGUCUCUUCCAAACCCUGCAGACAUGCUUCCAUGUACCAUACUCUGCCCUCACCAUGUUCAUUAGUUCAGAGCAGAAGGAGAGAGAUUCAGCCACCGCCUAUCGUAUGACGGUAGAAGUUCUGGGAACAGUUAUUGGCACUGGCAUUCAAGGCCAGAUUGUGGGGUUAGCCACAGCUCCCUGCAUACCAGUUGGGGAGGAUCUCAACUCUACUAGCCAGGUUUUUGGACUUGAGGUCAACAUCAGCCAGCCGCAAAUUUCACUUGACGAUACGAGACAAGCUUACAUGAUUGCAUCUGGUGUUAUUUGUGCCAUCUAUGUCCUGUGUGCCAUUACCCUCUUCUGUGGUGUUAAAGAACAAAAAGAUAGCAGCAGUGUGAGAACAGAGCCCAUGUCCUUCUUCCAGGGCAUCCGUCUGGUGAUGGGUAAUGGGCCAUAUGCCAAGUUGGUGAUGGGCUUCCUCUUCACCUCACUGGCAUUCAUGUUGCUGGAGGGCAACUUUGCACUGUUCUGUUGCUACACCCUAGGGUUCAGAGACCACUUUCAGAAUGUCCUACUGGUUGUUAUGCUCUCUGCCACGCUCACCAUUCCCUUCUGGCAGUGGUUCCUCACUCGAUUUGGAAAGAAAACUGCUGUUUUCGUUGGGACUACAUCAGUGAUGCCAUUCAUGAUCACAAUGGUCCUGUUGGAAAGUAAUCUCAUUGUGACAUAUGUGAUCUCCUUUGCUGCCGGCGUCAGUAUCGCAGCGGCCUUUCUCUUACCCUGGUCCAUGCUUCCAGAUGUGGUUGAUGAUUUUAAAGUACAAAAUCCAAGCUCUCAAGGACAUGAAGCCAUCUUUUACUCCUUCUAUGUUUUCUUCACAAAGUUUGCUUCUGGAGUCUCCUUGGGAAUAUCAACCCUCAGCCUAGAUUUUGCUGGUUAUGUAACGAGGGGGUGCACACAGCCAGCCGAGGUGGAUAUUACACUCAAGGUUCUGGUCUCCGCUGCUCCCAUUUUUCUCAUCAUCAUAGGACUGAUCAUAUUUGUCACUUACCCCAUUAAUGAAAAGAAGCGUCAGAGCAACCGCAAACUGCUCAAGGAACUACUCAGGGAUCAACGGCAGAACGAGUUAGACUCAGAAACGGACUCUAUAGAGACAGACAGAAGUGUGGUAUAAAACCACAAGAGUGAAUAGGGCAUUCUCACAUUUGCAUUGGACAAGAAGGAUGACACAAGAAGGGAUCACACAUGCAGAAAUUAGGGCCAGCAUGCCUAUUGGCCUUAUGGUCAUCUGCCUUGUCUACAGCCCUUACAAAAACCUCAAAUGGAUGAUCUUGGAGUCACUUCACUGUGUCAUUCAGUGUUGAAAACAAAGCAUCUUGACCAUUUACAGCUCCCAAAAAACCUUGCAAGCUAUAUGAGCGUGUUCAGUUAAUGUUACUCACUAGAACAGGAUUAGUGAAAUGUCCUGAAGCAGACAUUUUUCACUUAAAGCACAAGAUUCUCACAUUGCACUACCAGAUUCUUCACCUGUAUGAGAGUGAGGAGAAAUGUCAGUGUGCUAACAUCUAACAUUUUUAUGUCUCUUCUUUUGAUGUUAUAUUCCAACACAUUUCAGACAUCAAGGGUACCUUAUAAUGAAACAACUACUUAAUAUUAUUCGUUCAGAAAAAUAUAUUGUACAGAAUAUUUUUUGCGCUGUUGCCAAAUACCAGCAGUAAACAUUUGCGUGGGAUUUACAGCACAGUUAGAACAGUUUACAGACUAAGGGUGGUGUGCACAUGUGUCUGAGUGCCUUGAUUCAAAACACAAAGCCUUUAUAAAGCAGUUUCUGACUGAGAUUGCAAUUUUGUAUGUGAUCUCAGUGACUGUGAUUUUUGCUGCACUUGUUUAUGCUGCACUUCAAAUGAAAGGUGAGUUUAGGCCACAUCCAAUCUACCUAAGGCGAAUUCCCCACUGCUUUCAGCAGAAGGGAAAUAUUUACCUAACUGAAGCAGUUUCUCUACCAUCUAAAUGCUCAAACUACUGAGCCUUGGGUGUACCAACAUCAACAGUAUUGGGCCUGUACUGUCGACUGCUUCCAGUAUGAACAAAGUUCUAUAAGUCGUUAAAUCUUUUGUUAUUUUGUUAAUAUUCUGUUCAUUUUAUUUUGCUUUAAUAUUGAUGCACUCUGCCCUAUGACGCGUCCUUGGCAUAUUUAAGGGAAAGAACAAGAAAAGAUGGAUUCAGUGGAACUGACUGAAGGAUGGAGAUCUACAUCUGAAAUCCCUGUGUUGUCAAAUAACGAUUGAUGGUUAUGUAUUCACGUUUUGUACAUUAUCUUGAUUGGGGGACUCCCAAAAAGUGCUUCUAUUUUUAUGAGCAAAAGUCUAGAGUUUUUGUAUUAGUAUUGUUCUUGUUAACACUGGUUACCUAUAUGUAAAGUUAUUUGAUUCAGUUCACUUGAAUAAUAUUGAUAAAAUAACAAAGUAAAUACUGAUUAACAAGCUCUACUAGUGAUACUAGCAGCCAAACCCAAGACAGGUUUUUUUUUGGGGGGGGUGGGGGGUUGGACUUGUGUGGCAUGUGAAUAUAUAUGCGUAUAUUGCUUUUGAUUCAGUAAAAAAACCAAAACAAUCAUAAGGUAUUUAGAAAUGCACUAAGAUUUCUUCAACCCGGACACCAUAGCGCACUGUUGUAAAUCUGUUUGUUUAUUUAUAUGUAUAUAUAAUAUAUGUGCAGUCCUGUAGAAAUUCUUUUGGCGAUUUUGACUGGGAAUGAACACAUUCUUGUAGUUAUUUAAAAUGGUGACAACUGGAAAAGUAAAAAAUGAAUGAUUAAUAAAUACUAAUUCUUAAAUUGUAUCUGGA